AUGGUGGCUGCCAUUUCGGAAGACCCAUUGACCUCUUCUGAGAAAAACAACAACAACAAUGGCACCAUCCCCAGAAGACCGAAGGGUAGACAAGUUUCUUCAAGGUACAUGUCUCACUCUCCUUCACCUUCACCUUCUUCAACCACAACCACAACAACAACUUCAACCUCAACAUCAACUACAAGUUCUUCUUCUCGUCGAUUCCCUUCCCCUCUUCUCUCUCAUUCCACCAAUUCCUCCACCCCUUUGGUCCCAAAGCGUUCCCAAUCGGUGGACCGCCGCCGCCCACGCCCCGCGACGCCGCUUCCCGAGGCGGCGAAGCUUCUGGUGACUUCCACUCGGAGUCUGUCGGUUUCCUUUCAAGGAGAGGCCUUUUCGCUGCCCAUAAGCAAGACCAAAGCUGCCGCCGCCACCCCGCCGCCGCGGAAAGCCGCCACGCCGGAGAGACGGAGGGCCACUCCAGUGAAGGGGGAGAAUUCGAGGCCGGCGGAUCAGCAUCGGUGGCCGGCGAGGACCAGGCAAGUAGAUCAUCUUUCCAAGAGUGUGGAUAUCAGUGAUAAGAAGAAGGUUGUUGGGAAUGGGUUUGGGAAAGUGGUAAGGGCUUUGCAGCAGUCAAUGGUGGUGGAAGGUGAAAAGAGAAGGGCUUCUUUUGAUGGGUUAGGAGGGUUGAGUUUGGAUUUGGGGAAAGUUGAGUUGUUAAAGGGUAAUAGUAAUGCCAAUGCUAAUGCUAAUAAUCAUAAUAAUAAUGAUGGUGGUGGUGGGAAUUUGGUGAGUAAGUCUUCAAUGUCUUGUGAUCUCACUGCUUCUGAUACUGAUAGUGUUUCCUCUGGGAGCACUUCCGGAGCACAUGACUCUUCCGGGGCUGCCAAGGGCCCUAAGGAGCCUCGUGGCAUUGUCGUGUCUGCCAGGUUUUGGCAGGAAACUAAUAGUCGGCUUCGCCGCCUGCAGGAUCCCGGUUCACCCUUGUCCACCAGCCCUGCUUCUAGGAUUGGGGUGCCAACCAAGAAUGCUCAGUUGAAAAGAUAUAAUAGUGAUGGUCCUAUGUUAUCGCCACGGACUGUUGCUUCUCCUGUCAGGGGGAGUGUAAAUGCUCGGCCUGCUUCGCCGAGUAAGCUUUGGGCAGGAUCCUCCCCAUCAAGAGGGAUGCCUAGUCCUGCUAGGGUGAGAAGUACAGUUGCCAGUUCCAUCAAUAGUGGUUUGGGUAACACACCCUCCAUUCUUAGCUUCUCUGCUGACGUGCGGAGAGGGAAGAUUGGGGAAGAUCGGAUAUUUGAUGCACAUAGAUUGAGGCUUCUGUAUAAUCGGUAUGUGCAGUGGCGGUUCGUGAAUGCAAGGGCGGAUGCUACAUUUAUGGUGCAGAAACUAAAUGCUGAGAGACAUUUGUGGAAUGCAUGGGUAACAAUUUCGGAACUCCGGCAUUCAGUCAUACUUAAAAGAAUCAAGCUUGUAUUACUGAGACAAAAGUUGAAGUUAACUUCCAUUCUUAAAGGACAGAUAUCUUAUUUGGAGGAAUUGGCCCUUCUAGAUAGAGAUCACUCCAGUUCUUUGCUUGGAGCAACUGAAGCUUUGAAGGCUAGUACACUCCGUCUUCCAGUUGUUGAAAAAGCAAUAGCUGAUGUACCAAAUCUAAAGGAUGCUUUGGGGUCAGCAGUUGAUGUGAUGCAGGCAAUGGCAUCCUCAAUAUACUCUCUUUCUUCAAAGGUGGAAGAAACUAACUGCUUGGUGGCGGAAAUCCUAAAGGUGACCUCAAAAGAAAGGUUUUUGCUUGAACAUUGCAAGGAGUUUUUGUCCUCGUUAGCAGGCAUGCAGGUCAAGGAUUGUAGCUUAAGAACACAUAUGUUACAACUUUCACGUGCGCCAACUUCCAGCUGCCUGACAACACGUGUGUAG